CAAAGCUAGGUUGAAGGCAAUCGCAUUUGAAAAUUGGAAAAUGUCUAUGCAAAUGCUGAGAACCUUGUACACAGAUGUUGGGCACGUUAUACUUCAACGGCUGCGAGGCGGUGGCACUUUGAACAGCAAUACAUGUUGCGAUGGUGAGGCUUGCACGUGUCAUUCGCGAGCGAAAUCUCCAGUCCUUGCUUUCGCCUUGAAGGAUUGCCGCGAUCGAAUAAUUUGGGAAUAUCAUUGUCGAGAGUGCACUGUUGAACUAUGAAGAUUGAAUGGGCAUCUGAUUUCCAUCGAGAUGGCUCCAGGCGCAGUCAUCCAAUAGCUUCAACUAUGCACGGUUGGCUGGCAAAGAUGAGAGGGACUCUCGUUGGAAAUGAGAAACUUCGAAGCGAGGGAAUGCGAGAAAUGAGACAAGCCAAAGCCAAUCGAAAGCAUAGAAAGCAGAACAAAUCCCAAGGCAAAUCCUCUGCCAAAGGAGGAGGUUUCUCGCUGUUUGGAUCUGGGCGAAAGCCCGCUUCACAACAUAGAGGUUCUAGAAAUGUCACUCGAGGAGGGCACGGAAGUGGUGGCGGGAGUCGCCCAGCUUUACGACAGCAUAACAGUAGCAGCCAUCGCCUGGUGGGACAAACCUCUCGAAGAGGUUCAGGAGUUCAAUCGCGAGGCUCAAGAACUCCGACUAGGCCAGGGCCAAGCCGGAGAACGACAACUACCAGUCAGCAUCGCGGCACAACACCACGAAGGUCCAGUGGGCAUUGAUCGCAUGUGUUAUCGUUACUUCUGGACAUUGUUAGAUGUCAAUAAUUAUUCUCCUGCAUACUCACUGUACAACAUGACUUAUCGCAUCUACAUAUUUUCACUGUGUACUUUUCACGUCCAACUUGUAUACAAUUUCCUUUUAUGUCAACUGUUGUUACUACUAAUUAGAUUAUUCACCGUCGAGGUACAUAGAGAUCUUUGACUUGCAACUUCAAGAGA